AUGUUUACAAAUUCUGUCAUUAAUCGCCAGUCAGUCAUUAAGUUUCGUCAACAGUCAGUAAUUUCGCCGCAUUUAAGACAACAAAUAAUGGAUAAUUUGAUAAUUCCACCGAAUCCAAACUGGUUUUCCCAGUCAAUUUGCUAUUGCACACCAGAUAAUGGCUUCAUAUAUGGAGCAACAUCAAAGAUAGCGUAUAUACCACCGAAAAAUGAGCAGGAAGAGGCUCAAAUGAAAAUUUUGGAUUUGAAGAAGAAACUCAACUGCUUCGCAUUAUGUCCAAAUUACAAUGAAACGAGACGUUUAGCACUGAUUAAUGGAGAUUAUCAAGUUUUGGUUUACAACUUCCAGACUGAAGAAAUUAUUAAAGGACAUAAAGGACAUUGUGAUGAAUUGAACAAGCAAUAUCAGUUUUCAGCAAUAACAUUCACAUCCAGUAAUAUUGUCUUAUCGUCCCUCAAUUCUGAUGUCAUCAAGUUUUGUCUUCUUACCAAUACUUUCAAGUCAUAUCCGGAUUUUUCAAAUCGCAAUCCAAUAACAAUUUUAAAGAAAUCUCCAAAAGAUUGUGAAUUAGUUGCAGCUGGAACUAAGAAUGGCUUAAUACUACUUAUCGACAGCGAAAAGAUGGAAAUUAAGGCAAGACUUCGUGGUCAAGACACUGAAAUCACGUCACUUGACUUUAUGGUGUUUCCUGUAAUCUCAAAAGAGAUCCCAAAAAUUAAUAAUGUUAAAAAGGCUGUCAAACAGUCGGUUCCAACUGAUGAUUCUGAUAUUUUUGAUAUCUAUAAAACUGAUAAGAUUGAGGAUGAAUUUGGAGCUUUUCAAGAGAAUUACGAGGACAGAAGUGACGACGAGGAAACAAAUGAUGCAUCAAUGAAGGAAAAAGUCCACAAUACAUCAGAUUUUAACUUCUUGGAAGCAUGUAGUGAUUUAAAGCAUCAAAUAUUGAACCGAGAUGAAGAAAGUUCAGCAACAGGAAAUCGAAAUUCUGGGACUUUUGAUGAUAAUAAGGAACAGUAUGGCAUGAAGAAUGAAGAAACUCCGUCUGUAGAUGUAUCAAUAGCAUCAAAUCGUUCAUCUCACACGCCAGUCUUUACAGAAGAAUCUCUUAAUUAUAUCGAUGAAUGCCAACGAUUAAAGGAAUUUGAUGAAAAAUCUACUAAUGAUCUAGAUAUUGUUGUUCUGGCUUCUGGAGCACGUGAAUGUGUCGUUUGGCUUUGGGAUAUUAUUGAGCAUACAGCAUUACAUAAAAUUCGUUGGCAUCCAAAAGCAAAAAAUCUACUUCCAGCUAUUUUUACAAAUGUUUUAUGGCUGGAUAAGGAAACAUUGCUGUUUACGGAUAAUAAUGGGGAAGUAACAGAACACAAGAUCAGAUUUGAUGAAAAAAAUAAGAAGAUUACAGAUCAAAGACAGAAGAGAACUUAUGAAGUAAAAGGUGUUCUUAACAUCUGCAAAACUAAUGACUGUUCACUGCUCUGGAUGUCAUCAAUUCAUCGUCAUAUUUGUUGUUUAGAGACAAAGAAUCUGGCAAAAAUUAUCAGCCUCGAUACAUUGCAGAUCAGAAUUCAUUAUAUUAUUGAGAAUCCAAUUGAAUCGAACGUAAUCGCAAUUGGUGGAAAUGACAAGAGAUUAUGUUUAUGGAAUACAUCAGACGCAAGUCGUCACAUGAUCACUUUAAAGCCAUUCAUGAAUAAAAUACAAUCGAGUAUUUUGUGCAUUGCAUGGCAUCCUGAAAAGGAUAAUAUUUUAGCAUUUAGUACACGGGAAGGUCGUGUUGGAAUUUUGGAUACGAACAAAUUUACAAAUGUGCCAGUUAUUUUGGAAUCUUUUACAAGCCAUGAGAUUUAUUCAAUGACUUGGGCCAAAUUUAUAGAUUCUAGUAGAUCAGAAACGACAGUAUUAAUAGUCUGCAGUAAUGGAAAGUGCGUCUACUAUAACUACAAAGAUUUUAAGAUGAAUCUCUUGCCACAAUUUAAGAAUAUUUGCUCAUUGGCAUCAAACAUGAAUUUAUUAGCAUUAGGAAACAACAAUGGAAGUGUUUUCAUUUGUGACAUGUCUAAAGACUUUAAAGUUAUAGCGCACACAAAGAUUUGUCAGAAAUAUAUUGGAAUGAUGACUUGGUUUAAUGAUAAAUUGGCAAUUGCUUCUGAAAAAGGCAUAACAAUUAUUAAAGACUUGAAUGCAGGAAUGAACGAGGAAAUUGUCGAGGAUAAUAAAAUUAAAUUACAGCAACAGAAGCGAGUUUAUAGUGUCAGAUUUGAUAAGAGUGGCAAUCAUUUAGUCACAUCGAAUAUCACGGGAACAGUUAAUGUAUGGAACUUGGAAACAUCAAGCAUAAUUUCAGCUAUGAACAUCGAUACUCCAGUUUACUGUGCGAUUUUCAUGCCAAAUAAUGAAGAAGUACUUAUUUGUGGUGGACAAGACUCAACAAUUCAUGCAUUUGAAUGGAAAAAGCAUCCACAAAGUCAAGAAGUUCCUGAAAAGGUUUCAAAAAAUGAUGAUAAAAUGAAGCAUGUCGAAUGGGGAAUAUUGUCGGAAAUGACUACAAUCUCAAAAUACAAUAAGAAGCGUCGCAUCAAGAAGAAAGUAUCUCCAAACAAUAAAAUUACUGAAAUUACUAACGGAAUUAAGCACAUGAAAGUUGGAUCCAAGAAAAUCACGACUAUUUUUACAGCUGCAAAUCGUGAAAUCUCUGUUAAUCCACUAAAUUUCAUACAAAUGCUUUUAAGUGGAAAUGAUGGACGUGAACUGAGCAUGAAUGAAGUCAUGUUUGGAAAUCGAGGGGAUAUUAAGAAGAUGAUUGAUCGAGAACUGGAAAAUGAUCAGAAAUCAUUCGGAACUAUUAUUCUACCUCAAUUGACUGAUGAUCUCAAGGAUGACAUUUUGGAACGUAUAGAAAACAAGACAUUGGCAGAAGUUCACGUUUCAAUUUCUCCAUCUAUUUCUUACGAUUUGUGGAAGAAAUCAUGCUUAGCUUUUGGAAAGCAAUGCAUCGAAAGUGACGAAUUUAUACGUGCGGUUCCUUUCUUGCUCGCUGUAAAUGACGUCGAUAACUGUGUUGACAUGCUGUGCGAGGCUAAAUACUUCAGAGAAGCUUGGGUGAUUGCUAAAAUGAGAAAGGAUGAAAAGGAUCCAAUUUAUGAUAAAAUCAUGCAAAAAUGGAUCUCUUAUUUGGAUUACAGCGGUAAUUAUGAGACAUCUGCUGCUUUGUUAUGCUGUACGAAGGAUUAUAAGCGAGCUUAUGAAGCAUUGGAUAAAAGACAGAAUAAGGAUGAAAAGUUCAUUGAAAUUUUUAACAUUUUAUCUUCUAAAGUUUAA